AUGUCAUCUACCCAAGUUCAAGUUGCCGAUCUCCCUCGAUCUGGUUACUGCCAUUCAGGCUGCGGCAGCGAUGCAGGCUCCACCACAACCACAACUGAUGGCGGCCCUUCUUCAGACGACGACAGCUUGUCAAUAACCUCCAAGAGCACCACCGCCACCAUCACAACUAAUGGCUGCUCAAAUCCAGACGACGGCAGCUCAAAAAGAGCAACCGCCGGCACCAAUACAUCUAAUGGCGGCCCAUUCUCAGAAAACCCAUUUUGUCUCAUGGUGUACGUCGAUGACGAGAUGACGGCGUGCGAAGAGCAUCUGAAAGUAAUCCGCCAACAACGCGAGGUCCUGCUCCAAAAUGAGCAUCUCGCGGCGCGGUGCGCGGAGAACGUCAAGAAGACCGAAGAGGAGCUGCGCCGCGGGGCCGCCUUCGCGAGGGAAUGCAAAGUGCCCUGGGCGUACGCCUUUUGGGGUAAGAACCUCGGAGAGGACGCCAAGGCUGCCCGGAGAGAGCAAGAGGCCAAGCUGCGUAGGCUUCUAUCGGGGGUGAUGUACAAGUUUGAAUCCGCCAGGCUGCGGUGCGAGCGGACCAGGGGGGUGGUCGGUGCCAUCCGGAGGGCGCUUGAGGCGCUCCAGGAACGGGCUAAUGGGCCGUGGGGUGUCGUUUCCGAGCUGAGGGAGCGGCAGGUUGAGGUGUACCAGUACAGUGAUUCCAAGAUCUGUAUCAAGGUACGGCAUGAGGGGGAGCCACCACGGACGGAAGUCUUGGAGGCGCAUAAGAGGGGGAAGAAGUUUUGGGAGCAGCAGCAGGGGCUGAUGAGGGAUGUUCUUGAGAUGGAGAGGGUAUUGAUGUUUACGGCGACAAAGUGUGUUGUUGCGGCUGGGGAGGUGAGGGGGGUUAAGGAGAAGGGACUUGAAGGGAUGAUACGGGGCGUCAAGCGUGUGGUUGAUGCGAUGAAGAAGAGGGAGGCGAGCGAGAAUGGGUGUGAGACGAGCUUAUGGGGGAAUCUGCGGGCUAUCAGUUGGUCCAUGAUGCGUUUUUGGUGA